AUGCUCUUCCAAAGACUCCUUAUCCCCCGCCUUGCGCAUCGCGCAUUCCCCCUCCUCCUCCGGCUCCCGCUCUCCAAAGCCUACACAACAGCCCCCAAAACCAAGCUCACCCCCCAACAAAUCCAAAUCGUAAAAGCCACAAUUCCCGCCCUCCAAGACCACGGCAUAGCAAUAACAACCCUCUUUUACACGCGCCUCCUCGAAAAGCACCCCGAGUUAAAGAACAUCUUCAACAUCACCCACCAAGCAACCGGCGAGCAGCCCGCCGCCCUCGCCCACGCCGUCUGGGCCUACGCUACCAACAUCGAAAAUCCGGAAGCCCUGAAACCAGCCAUCUCGCGCAUCGGCCACAAACACGCCAGCCUGGGAAUAACAGCAGACCAGUACCCGAUCGUCGGCGAGGGCCUCCUCUCCGCCAUCAAAGAAGUCCUCGGCAGCACGGCCGACGAGCGCGUCCUAGACGCCUGGAAAGCCGCCUACGGCCAGCUAGCAGAACACUUCAUCGAUUUCGAAAGUGGCCUGUACCGCGCGGCGGAAGCGACACCAGGCGGGUGGAAGGGAUGGCGGAAAUUCUUCAUUUCGAAAAAGGUGCACGAGGGGGAGGAGAUUAUCUCAUUUUACCUGACGCCUAUCGAUAAGGGCCCGCUGCCGGCGUAUAAACCGGGACAGUUUGUUAGUGUGAAGUGUUUUGUGCCUGAGCUGGGGGUUUAUCAGCCGCGGCAGUAUAGUUUGUCGGAUGUGCCGAAUAAGGAGUAUUUUCAGAUCUCGGUGAAGAGGGAGUUUGCGGUGGGACAGAAGCCGGCGGGGAGGAUAUCGAAUGUGUUGCACGAGGCGUUACCGGUGGGCGCCGAGCUGGAUGUUAGUAUGCCGUUUGGGGACUUCGUGCUGGAUAUUAAUGCUACGACGCCUGUUGUGCUGGUUAGUGGUGGGGUGGGGCUUACGCCUACGAUGUCUAUGUUGACGACGGUUGUUGGGCAGGGGAAGGCGAGGCGGGUGGUGUUUGUUCAUGCUGUGCGUAAUGGGCGGGUGCAUGCGAUGAAGGAGAGGCUAGCUAGGAUUAUCGAGGAGAAUCCGCAGGUUCAUCGCGCGGUGUUUUAUGAGGAAGUUAAUAGUCGCCGGGAUAGGCAGGGCGUUGACUAUGAUUUCAAAGGCAGGGCGGAUCUGCGUAAGAUUAGGGAUUUGGCGGUUUUGCCGGAUGCGAAUUAUUAUAUCUGUGGUCCUAAGCAGUUUAUGGACGCUCAGAGCAAAUCGCUCAAGGAGAUGGGUGUGGAUGAGACCCGGAUUCAUAUGGAGGUGUUCGGUUCUCCAGCUGAAUAAAGAGGGAACACAGGAUAUACACUUCUUAGAAAAGAAAUCGGGAUGUAGAGCAGAGUAUAUAUUAUGUGAUACGAGUA